GCCAUGCAUCAUGCAUGGAGCGCUCCAUGCUCUUCCAUUCUAGCCAAGAACUGAAUUUUGAAUCGAAUCGAAUCCAAUCGAUCGGGAGCUCAAUGCAGAGUACUACGUGUUCCUGGUCGUGGGAAAUUAACUGAGCUAGCCCCUGAUUCCCAGGAUCUGGUUGAUCUUUGGAGAUACAGAGGUAGGGGGAGAAAUUAAUUCUGAGGAAGCGGAUAUGGAUUUAUGAAGCUGAAUUGCAUGAGCUGAAAGAAUAAGGGGAGGAAGAGGGGAUUGAUUAAUGGCACUGUUCGAUCGGAACCAGAGGGGGCAGCGGUCGUCGCUGUUCUCGACGGCCACCAUCGUCCUCUUUGUGGCGCUCUGCCUCGUCGGCUUCUGGAUGGUCUCCACGCCGUCGGCGCCACCGGAAGCCCUCCCGACGACGACGACAGCCUCGGCGGCAGCCGAGGUCGUCAAGAAGGCAGACGCCGCCGGCGCCGCCAAGGAGAAGGAGGAGGACAGCUCCAUUGACGCCACCAACAACUUCAAGCAGGACAGCACCAACGUCGUUGCCGCCGAGGUCGUCGCCACCAAUGCCGAGACCAACAACCCCGACAAUGGCGGCGGCGGCGACGGAGACAAGGCGGCGUCGUUCGACGACGAGAACGGCCGGACGGAGGGCGGCGAGCUCGUCAAGCCGGAGACCACCGCCGACGCGGACAGUGCCGCUGCCGCCGCAGCUGUCGCUGCCAGGAAGACCGUCGAUGACACCACAACCGCGAAGGACGGCGAGAAGACGUCGGGCGACACGAAGAACUCUGACGAGAGUACGGUGUCGGCGGCGUCGAAGAAGCAGACGUUCGACGACGAGAACGGGAAGAUGGAAGGCGUGGAUGUGGUGAAGGACGACGCCGGCGCUAACAACAGCAACAAGACGUUCAUCUCGGAAGACAUCACCGUCAAGCCAAUCGCCGACGAGUCGUCUACGGCAGCAGAAGCCAAGCUGACGUCGUCGGACAGCACCGGCGAGCAGCAAGCACUUCAAGAAGAAGAUCAGAUGAACCUCCUCCCAGAGGCCCUCCCUAACGGGCAGGCAGAGCUUCUCACCGAGCGCGCAGCCCAGAACGGGUCCUUCACGACACAAGCGGACGAAUCCACCAACGAGAAGAACAAGCGCGCCGCCGAGCUGAAGAACAGCACCACAAAGAAGACAAAGAAGAAGAAGGCCAAGAAGCCCAAGGGCGCCAACAACAACAAAAACAAUGGCACAUCCUCCUUGUCUUCUUCUUCCUCGACGACGACGGUCUCAUGGCCCUACGCAUGGAAGCUCUGCAACACGAGCGCGGGGGCCGACUACAUCCCGUGCCUGGACAACGAGGCGGCCAUCAGCAAGCUCAAGACGAACAAGCGGUACGAGCACCGGGAGCGGCACUGCCCCUCGACCCCGCCGACGUGCCUCGUGCCCUCCCCGGCGGCGUACCGCGAGCCGAUCCGGUGGCCCGCGAGCCGGUCCAAGAUCUGGUACCACAACGUGCCGCACGCAAGCCUGGCUAGCUACAAGCAUAACCAGAACUGGGUGAAGCUGUCCGGGGAGCACCUGGUCUUCCCCGGCGGCGGCACUCAGUUCAAGACAGGAGGAGCGUUGCACUACAUUGAUCUCAUCCAGGAGGCGCUCCCGGAGGUGGCCUGGGGGCGGCGGAGCCGGGUGGUGCUCGACGUUGGCUGCGGGGUGGCUAGCUUCGGCGGGUUCCUCUUCGACCGGGGUGCGCUCACCAUGUCCUUCGCGCCCAAGGACGAGCACGAGGCCCAGGUGCAGUUCGCGCUGGAGAGGGGGAUCCCGGCCUUGUCCGCCGUGAUGGGCACGAAGCGGCUGCCGUUCCCGGCGGGGGUGUUCGAUGUGGUGCACUGCGCGCGGUGCCGCGUGCCGUGGCACAUCGACGGCGGCAUGCUGCUGCUGGAGCUCAACCGGCUGCUUCGGCCCGGUGGCUUCUUUGUGUGGUCCGCCACGCCGGUGUACCAGAAGCUUCCUGAAGACGUCGAGAUCUGGGAUGACAUGGUGAAGCUGACCAAGGCCAUGUGUUGGGAGAUGGUGAAGAAGACAGAGGACACGCUGGACCAGGUGGGGCUGGUCAUCUUCCGGAAGCCCAAGAGCAACCGGUGCUACGAGACACGGCGGCAGAAGGAGCCGCCGCUAUGCGACGGCUCCGAUGACCCGAACGCGGCUUGGAACAUCAAGCUACGGGCGUGCAUGCACCGGGCGCCGGCAGACUACCCAUCGGUGCGCGGGUCCCGGUGGCCGGCGCCGUGGCCGGAGAGGGCGGAGGCGGUGCCCUACUGGUUAAACAACAGCCAGGUCGGGGUCUACGGCAGGCCGGCACGGGAGGACUUUGCGGCGGACUACGAGCAUUGGAGGAAGGUGGUCCAGAACUCGUACCUCACCGGCAUGGGCAUUGACUGGGCGGCCGUCCGCAACGUGAUGGACAUGAGAGCCGUCUACGGUGGCCUCGCGGCGGCGCUGAGGGACAUGAGCGUGUGGGUGAUGAACACCGUCACCAUUGACUCGCCGGACACCCUGCCGGUGAUCUUCGAGCGCGGACUCUUCGGGAUCUACCACGACUGGUGUGAGUCCUUCAGCACCUACCCGCGGUCCUACGACCUCCUCCAUGCCGACCAUCUCUUCUCCAAGCUCAAGACCCGGUGUAAGGUGUUGCCGGUGAUCGUGGAGGCGGACAGGAUCUUGAGGCCGAACGGGAAGCUGAUCGUGAGGGACGACAAGGAGACGGUGAACGAGAUCGUUGAGCUGGUGAGGUCGAUGCAUUGGGAGGUCAGGAUGACCGUCUCCAACCGCAAAGAAGCCAUGCUCUGCGCAAGGAAGACCAUGUGGCGGCCAACGGAGGUCGAGGCCAGAAGAUGACCUUCAUUUGAUCUUGGGAUUUAACAUAGGAAGAGAGGAUGAUCCGUCGAGGUCACCAGGUAUGUAGGUUGCGGAAAUAACUGAAUCUAGAUGAUGGCGUCCAUAGAUAUUUGUUGUUGUUGUUGUUGUUGUUUGUGUUGUUCUUCUCAUUGUUGCCUUCUCAGUGAGGAAGGAGAGUGUGCAUAGAUAUUUGUGUGCCAUGUAUGCUAUUGGGAAUAUACAUCUAUAGUUCUAACUUUGAAAGCAUGUCAUCCAUUGUUUUGACA